AUGACGGUGAUGGUGGUUUGUGUCCUCUGUCCUCAGACACGGUGUGUCUGUGGGCUGCAGGUGUGGCGUUCGGUGGGCUGGCGUCUCAUCGCGCUCUCGCUCUCCCUGUAUGGUCUCCUCUACCUGUAUGAGAAACUCACCUGGACCAACGCCAGCAGAGAGCGUGUUCUGAAGCGGCAGUUUGUGGAGCACGUCGCCCACCGCCUGAGAGCCGUCAUCCCCGUCAGCAGCUCUGCCUGCAGCCAGCAGGUGCACAAGGAGCUGACGUCCACGUUCAGCCGUCUGACCCAGAGAGUGGACCUGAGUGAGGCUGAGCUGGAGGGAAACAUCCGACAGCUGAGCUUCAGGAUCCAGCGGCUGGAGAACAUCCAGAGGAGGUCCAAGGCCUUCAGGAACAGAGCCACAGAGCUGGAGACUCAGCUGGAGGCCUUCUCUGUUCAGUACCUGCAGGGAAACUGAAGAGGACUGAGGUCUGUUGGUGGACAGCGCCCCCCGCUGGUGGACUGUAUUGUUUCCUCCUCACAGCAGAUACAGGAAGCAGGGUUGAUACUGCAGUUAUCAGUUUUAGCAGCGUUUAGUGCUGAUGUGACAGGAUGAACAUUGUAGAUUAAAGAUCAAUCAGUGAUCUGUCAGAGUGGAGCUGCCCCCUGCUGGCCAUCAGAGACAAUGCAGGGUGAACUCAAGAUCUACUUUCAGCUGUAUCACAGUCUUCCUCAGCGAUGCAGUCGUCAUGACGAUGAAUGUGUUGACACAUUAGCUCCGUAGCUGACUGUAUUUUAGAAUAUUUUCCUAAUGAAUGGAUGAUUAAAGCAGAUUAGACCAUCAGUUCACUCGUUUAUAUCGGAUUAGUUUAAGUUUAUAUGUGAGCUGUUUAAUGAGCCGAUCACACAGAGACAUUUAAAUAGUGUUUAUCCUGCGUACAGCGCGCCCAGUGGGCUCCGCUGACAGAGGAGAGGGAAAGUGACUCAUCUAGAGCUCAAUGUCGGCUUCAAUACAGUUUCUAUCUGAAUCAUUUGAUCACGUGGUUGCACACGCUGCCUCUCAUUGGUGUUUUUGAAGUGGUUGCACCUGUAGAGGGGCUGACAGGAAAUACACUACUCACAAUAAGUUAGGGAUAUUGUGAGAGACUCAGUGGAUUUCAUACAUACGGUGUUUGUUUCACUUCAG